CAUGUGCUCAACAAUCUCUUCUCUCUUUCAGUGUGCUGCCUUGGUUGGUGAAGACCAGCCCCUUUGCCCUGACCUGCCUGAGCUUGACCUCUCUGAGCUGGAUGUCAGUGACCUCGAUGCAGAUAUUUUUCUGGGAGGACUCAAGUGGUACAGCGACCAAUCAGAAAUCAUUUCCAGUCAGUAUGGCAAUGAAGCAUCGAACCUGUUUGAGAAGAUAGAUGAGGAAAAUGAGGCCAACUUGCUGGCAGUGCUCACAGAAACCCUGGACAGUAUCCCAGUGGACGAAGACGGGUUGCCUUCGUUCGAGGCCCUGGCAGAUGGGGACGUGACCAAUGCCAGUGAUCAGAGCUGUCCUUCCACCCCAGACGGCUCGCCACGCACCCCAGAGCCAGAGGAGCCUUCCCUGCUGAAGAAGCUCCUCCUGGCGCCUGCUAACUCCCAGCUCAGCUAUAAUCAAUACCCAGGUGGCAAGGCACAGAACCAUGCAGCCAGCAACCAACGGAUCAGACCAACACCUGCUAUUGCCAAGACCGAAAACCCCUGGAACAGCAAACCACGAGGGGCCUGUCCCAACCGGUCUGUGAGACGCCCUUGCACUGAGCUGCUCAAGUACCUCACCUCUAGCGACGAGGCCUUCCAGACCAAAGCCAGGGAAGCCAAGAGCACCUGGACAGGUUGCGGCAAGGACAGGGGAGGGGCUUGCACGUCCUUCUGCUCAUCUUCUUCCUCUCCAUCGUCCUCGUCCACCUCCUCUUUCUCCUCCCUGUCGUCCUGCUCCUCUUCCACCGCCUCCAAAAAGAAGACGUCCUCUGCCUCCCCAUCAUCACAGCAGCAGCAGCAGCAGCUGGCAGUGCAGGCCCAGCGAGGUGAGAGCCAGGCAGCCGGCACAUGCAGUGUGGCUGGUGAGGGGGCGGGGAAGUGGCGGCGGUGUACUCAAGGGGAGCACUCCGCCCCCGUUGUGCUGUCCCACGGAGGCGGCUGUGACCAUGCCUGCUCCGGCGAAGAGGGAAGGCCGCCAGGCCUGCAGCCAGGUGUUGACCCAGGCAGCUUGGCCGCUGCCCGCUUUAUUAGUGACCACAAGGGAUCUCCGUUUGAGAACAAAACCACUGAACGCACAUUGACUGUGGAGAUCUGUGGAACCCCAGGUCUGACACCACCUACCACGCCUCCUCACAAAGCCAGUCAAGAGAACCCUUUCAAAGUAUCACUCAAAAACAAGCUGUCUUCAUGCUCUCCCUCGGCCCUGACAAGCAAAAGGCCCAGGCUGAGCAAUGGGGGUUCUUGCCCUCAGCCAAACAGUGGCUAUAUUCGGAAGGGCCCAGAGCAGACUGAGCUCUAUGCCCAGUUGAGCAAGGAAUCCUCCAUAAUGCACCUAGGGGGCUUGGAGGAGCGUCGGGGCAAGCGGCCCAUGCCCCGCGUCUUUGGUGAUCACGACUAUUGCCAGUCUACAAGCACAAAACGAGACAGCACCACUACAGCUGCAGCAGUAACUGGGCCAAUGGAGGGCCGGCAUGUGGAAUGUAAAUACUCGAACAUGCCGGCCUCCUCUACUUCUGCAUCAUCGUUGUCUUCCAACUCCCCUUCGUCUUCCUUUCUGGCCAGGCAGCUUCAGGGCCUUUCCCCCAAAGCUCAGGAGGCUUGUCCGGACAUGGAUGCUCACGGACAGGACCACGACUCCACUUCGGGCUCCAGAACGUCAGUGGAUGGCAACUCUGCUGGCAGGAAACUACUUAGGGACCAGGAGAUUCGGGAAGAGCUCAACAAGCACUUUGGAAAGCCUCAACAAGCCUUCUAUAGCAGGAUAGUGGGAGAGCAGAGGGGCAUCCGGCCUCUAGAGGACAGUGACUCUGGGGUUGGGUACCUCAGUCUUCUCAAUGAUUACAUACACCCGGGUCUGCCUGACUUCGAGGACCUGGAGGUAGGCCGGGAGCGCCUGCUCUACUUGGGGGAAGGUUCUCCACUCGAGCUGCUCCUCGAAGGGUCGCCCUCCAGCUCCCCUUCCAGCAGUUCAUUCUCAUGGAGCUCUGUCUCGCCUCCUUCCACUCAGCUCUCGCCACAGCACCUCCGCUGGCCACGCUCUAUCUCCUGCUCCCGUUCCUCAUCUCACCACAGACGCAGAUCCCUCUCCAGAUCUCCAUACUCCUGCUCCGAGUCUCCCGACAGCCAUUCUCCCUCUUGGUCUCCUCACAAUAUGGACAAUAGCACUUUUAUUCCCAGGAUUUAUAGAAGCCCUCAGUACCAGGCUCAUUCUAUUUUUGGUCGGAGACCCAGGUAUGACAGCUAUGAGGAAUACCAGCAUGUGCAUCUGAAGCGGGAAGAGUACCGACGCGACUAUGAGAAACGGGAAUGUGAGAGGGCCGAGCAGAGGGAGAAACAAUGGCAAAAAGCAAUAGAGGAGAGGCGAGUGGUGUAUGUGGGACGUCUUCGCACCAACAGCACACGCACUGAGCUCAAACGCCGCUUUGAAGUCUUCGGUGAGAUUGAGGAGUGCACAGUCAACUUGAGACAUGACGGGGAUAACUUUGGCUUCAUCACCUACCGCUACACUUGUGAUGCGCUCGCUGCCCUUGAGAAUGGACACACCUUGCGCAGGUCAAAUGAGCCUCACUUUGAGCUCUGCCUUGGUGGACAAAAGCAGUACAGUAAAUCGAAUUACACAGACUUAGAUUCCCAUUCUGACGACUUUGAUCCAGCCUCCACUAAAAGCAAGUACGACUCCAUGGAUUUUGACAGCUUGUUGCGAGAGGCCCAGUAUAGCCUGAGAAGGUAAUGAGCUGCACCGCUGCACCGGCUGGCUGCAAAGAGAGGGAUUCGCAAUACCUCACUGUUGUUUCUGUUCUUUUGAAUACAAGACGUUUUACACUUUAUCUAAGUGAAAAGAGUAUAUGUGGAUGAAAAAAGCUCUACGUUUAUGAAGGGAUAUAUAUGUAUAUCUGCAAGCAAAGUUUACAUGAACCUAGCUGCUGCAACGCUGGGGAGAGACAUUACCUGUGGGAAUAGCCAGUGAAGUAGCGGACACUACUUUAGUGGACUACACAGAUCCGUGUACCGCGUGAGGCUCUGGAAGAGACACGAAUCUUCGUCAGAGUUCGCUCCACAUGCCGCAUCACCCUCGGCACUUUUGAGAGGUGAAAAGCGCAGCUCGUUCAGUCUGUUUUUAUUGUUUGGAGUUUAUUUUUGUGGGCUUUUUCUGUUCCUUUUUUAAUCUGGUGUUUGGAUGUGGUGUUACACUGUUGAGAAGGGUUUGGUUUGGGGAAAAUCUCUCAAAAGGUGACGUUGUCUACAUUUAUCGCCUAUAUACAAAACGAAUAUUUUUAUUUGAUGUGCAUAUCAGCGUUCUUUGUUUGUUACAGCAAUGCACUGUAAAAUGCAGCCUUUUUAAGAUGAACUUUUCUUAAUCGAGAAUGUUGAUCUGUAGUCAUUACGAUGAUGUAUAACAUACAUGGCGUUUAGAUGACGUGAUUUGAUUGUAAAAAUACGUAUGGAGAUUUAUCACUCUUUUUUUGGGGUAGCAUGCAACAAUUUUUGUCUCUGUUUUUCUUUUGGUUUUCUUUUUUUCAUUUCAAAACUCCCUGUGAAGUUUCAUCUGAUUUUGAAGUUAAUAACUCAGUGUUUUCCGUACAUACAUGCAGUGUGUAAGAUAUCGUUUAUGUUCAUUAUUGUGUAAAAAAAAAAAAAAAAAAGAUAAGCCCCAAGAUAUUUUUUUAUCCUUUAUGUCUUGAAGGAAUCAAGAGGUUUUAUUUAAUUUCUCUGUGCACACGAAUCAUUGUUAUUGUUCCUGUUUGAUAAUACACUUUCACAAAGAGAUAAUUACUCUUUUAACACAGAAUUAUUCGUGCUUAUUUAUGUAUUUAUCUCAGUAUCUAAUCUAAAUAUUUAUGGCAGCCAUCUCACGUGAUGCGCCUUACAAAUUUUGCUAUUUAUAUUAUUUGUUAUUCAACAAUCACUGGAAAAGAUGCAAAUUUAAAAGUUCUAAGAAAUAUCGUUUUUAUAUAUGCCUUCAGAGAUAGAACAAAAAACAUAUUGUAUAGGCUCAUGAUGAAUUUUGCUGCUCCAAACUUGUUUUUCUAGCUCUAAAACACUUCCGUCCCCCUUUUUCAUCUCUUUUUUUAUUACAUGAAGCAAUAAAAUAAUUUUGCAGGUAUUUUGUUGUACCACAGAAAAUCUGUCUUUGCUCCACACUGUUGAUUAUGUGAAUGCCAAACUAAAGUUUACAAUUUUCUUUCAUGAUUUUUUUUUUAAGAUUAAAAAAAAAAAGAUGUAUUUGAUGUAAAAAAUAAUAUAUAUGAUGAUGCUAAUCUUGUCAUUACUCACAAUAACUCAAAAAUAAUGAAAAGUAAUAAUGGAAUAUGAAAAUGUGAAUU